AUGAAAAUCAAGAUCAACAGGAGACCUUCGGACUCAAGUCAACAAACAAACGACUGUGUUCCAAGUCAAUUACAAAUGUGCAAAACGAUUCCCCAAACCAUAUCACAAAGCUUCGGCUCGCCUGAACUUAAGACAUUCAAGUGCUCACGAGGCGAGCAGAACACAAAAAAACAAGGAAAGAAUUCAAAUGUGCAGACCAAGACAAGCAAUGAGUUAUCGAUAUGUGAAAAAGUGUUGGCAAUUCCCGGAUUGCUUGAAUUGAUCUGGCCUACUGGAAAAAUAUUGAUGGCAAUGCAGGUAAUCCACUAUCAGAGAAUUUCAUCGAAAGUCACAGCGUUUGGGCAGAUUUCAAAAUCAAUAAGAUCAAAUAUGAAAGUUGUUCUGACCUCAAAACAUUCUUCAGUGCAGCUUAACAUCAAAUUGUCAAAGAAAAUCUCAGAUUCGUACCUUCAAAAGGUGGACUUCACAAGAUUUAGCGGAGCCAAGCUUCACAUAACAAUUACCAAAUCCAAGCAGAUUUCCCCUUUCCUGUUCAAUCUAUCAAUCGCUGCUGAAGGUGGAUGGCGUGGUCCAACAGGACUUGAGGUUGAUCGCACUUGCAUAUCAAGGCCUUUGUCAGAGAAAUCCUUCCAAAACUUCCUGAGGGUCAUGAGUGAGAAUGUGUGCUCUGGAGUUGUACAAACAAAUGCAUAUUGCGUGUUGGGAUGGCUUGCUGCCAGUUGUCAUCAUCGAACAAUGAUAUCAAGGUACCCGGAGUGUGUCCAGACAGUUCUUGAUGGGAUGAGGAUGCAUGAAGGCUCUGUCAAGGUGCAGGAACAAGGUUGUGCAGCACUGAGAAUUUUCUCUUUGAACUCUUCCAUGAAAACAAUGAUUUCUGAGCAAGAUGGAAUAUGUGUUUUGAUAACAUCCAUGCAGAACUUCAGUUCAAACGAAUUUAUUUUGGAGCAGGCAUGUGGAGCAUUAUGGUUUUUGUCAGCUUUCAACAAUCAGAACCAAGAUGAAAUAUUGAAACUGGGAGGGAUCGAUAUCAUAAUUAAGGCCAUGAACCAAUUCCCUGGCUGUGCUGCAAUUCAAGAACAGUGCUGUGGGGCACUUGGAUAUCUCGCCUUUGAAAACGAAGUCAUUCAGGGAAAGAUUGCAAAUGAGAAUGGAAUAGAAAGCAUUGUUGUUGCGAUGAAGAAUCAUCCGUUGAAGGCCGGAAUCCAAGCACACGGAUGUGGAGGCUUGUGGAGUCUGGCAAGAGGAUGUGCCGAUAAUCGCUCGAGGAUAAUCGAUUGUGGAGCUUUAGAACUUGUACGAGGAGCGUUGCGAAGGCAUACGUCCUCGCAGGUUGUGGGAUCCGCGAAGAUUCUAUUGAGAAUGUUCGACUGA